AUGUUGGUCGACACAAUCAUCAACGCGGUUACAUCCUCUCUCCAUCCCGUGGCGGCCGUUCUCGCACUGCCUCUGGCUCUGGUUCUCCUCGAGGUAGCAUGGAUCAUCUACGCCCGGAACUUCCAUCCCCUGGCCGACGUGCCGGGACCGUGGCUCGCCUCCGUGAGUCGUCUGUGGGUGAUGCGGCGGCUCAAAGUCGGGGACAUGGACCAAGUCCAGCGCGACCUCCAUCGCAGGUACGGACCGCUGGUUCGGAUUGCGCCCAACGAGAUCGCCUGCUCCGACCCCGAGGCCAUCAAGGUUUUGUAUAGGACGGCCGCGCCGCUGACCAAGACCGAUUUCUAUCCGGUCUGGGGAAACCCGCGCAUGUCCAAAUAUGCAGACAACUUCUCCCAGGUCAACGAGAGACUGCACUCAGAGCGGCGGAGGAUUGUCAACCACGUGUACAGCUUGUCCAACGUCCUGCAAUCCGAAGCUUCCAUCGACAGAGUCACGACAGUCAUGGUGGAGAAGCUCACCCAGCUGGCUCAACGUGGGCAGGACUGUGACUUGGGCACCUGGAUCCAGUGGUAUACAUUUGAUGUCAUCGGAGAACUCUUCUUUGGACGCAUGUUUGGCUUCCUCCAGCAGGCCGCCGACUAUCAGGCAUGGAUCGCUUCGUUGGACGCUCUUAUGCCCGGCUUCUGUCAAGUCGCCGUCGCGCCCACGUAUCUCCGACCGUUUAUCCUCCUGUCUUCGCUGUUCGACUCGAAGAUGAAUGCAGCCAUCAAAUGCACGCAGACGAUGGAGGUUGCAGCCCGAGAAGGCGUUGCACGAAGGCAGGCAGAGCUCGACCAGGGUUCCUCGACCUCCGACAGCCGGGACUUGCUGCAGCAACUCUUCAACAUCCAGCGAGAAAAGGGCGAGAAGAUGGAUUUCUCCAUGAGAGAGGUCGAGCAAGAAGCAUACAUUGCACUACUGGCUGGCUCCGACACCACGGCGAUUGCCAUCCGUUCCAUUUUCUACCACAUCGUCAAAGACCCGAAAGUCUACCAACGACUCCGCGCCGAGAUUGACCAGGCCAAUGCCGAAGGCGAGCUGUCUUUCCCGGUCAAGCACGCGCAGGCACUGAAACUCCCCUACCUGUGCGCGUGCAUCAAAGAAGGCAUGCGCAUGCACCCCAGUGUGGGCCUGACCUUGCCGCGAUUGAUGCCCGCCGGCGGCUUACAGAUUUGCGGCAAAUACGUGCCUGAAGGGUAUCGGGUUGGUGUCAACGCUGCUGUCAUUCAUUUCGACAAGAGAAUCUUUGGCGACGACGCCCACCAGUUCCGACCGGAGCGUUGGCUCGACCCGGCCGCUGCUGCCAACAUGGACAGAUAUAUGUUCCAGUUCGGCUACGGCACCAGGACGUGUAUAGGCAAGAAUAUCUCUUUGGCAGAAAUGCACAAACUUGUCCCUACCGUGCUCACCAAGUUGGAUGUGGAAUGGCGGGAUGAGGGGAAAAACUGGUCUACCAAAAAUCAUUGGUUCGUUAAGCAGACUGGCAUCAAUGUCCGGCUGAAGUUGCGAUCUUGA